AUGCAAAUCAUCUUCCGCACGACCGACAGCUUCCAGACCUCAACUGAGAUCAAGGGCGUGACGCGGCAGCGGGCCAUCGAGGUGCUGCACGACCACGACUUCUUCAUCAACCGGGACCCGAACCUCGAGUCGUACGUGCCCGAGGAGCGGCCCAAGGGCGGGCUUCGGCAGCUGCCGGCCGACGCGCAGGCGGCCGCCGUCGGGUCAACGCAGUGCUACGCCGUCACGGACCGCAUACCGGCAAAGUUCGCGCGCCUGCUGCCGGGGAAGGCCACGGCCGUCAACCGCUACCAGCUCACAAACAUGGAGGACGGCCUGUUCGCGUGCCUCAAGGCCGCGCUCGACGUGCAGUCGGACCGCCGCAUCGUCAUCCGCGGCGGCAGUGAUGGCGACGACGCCACCGUCAGCUUGGUGCUCGUCCAUGAGGUCGGCGUCGACUGCAAUAAGAUGCUCGUCAACGUCUUCAGGGGCCAGUUCGAGGAGCACUGGAGGCGGAUCCACGAGGCCCUGGCCGAGAAGAUGGGCGGCGAGGUGGUGAAGCACUCUGGGGGUGUUUUGUGAUUUGGUUUGUUUGUGGUUGGAAAUGAUGUGGUGUACAGGCGAUACUGCAUCUAGAAGGUUGGAUAUCAGGGCUGGAUAGAGAAAGUAAUAAAGUGAUGGAGUCG